AGUUUCCUUUAAUUUUGUUACAAUGGAGAACCCUCCUGCUUCUAAUGGUGAUGAGACCCUGCCAAUUAUGGAUUCCUUUGCAGAAGAAAGCAUGUUUCUUGUGAAUGAUAAUGGCAAAAAUGAGGAACUUAAUAACCUCGAACAUUUGGGCAAUGCUACACCUCAUUUCAAUACAAGCAACAUAUAUGAAGAUCUAGGAGACUUGGAAAACUUGGGUAGAGUUGGUGAAGUUGGAUAUAAUUUCUGCAGUGAGCCUGAUUCUAGGAGCCAUUUUCUGGAGCUAUAUGAUCUCGACCAACCUCAGCAUCCUAAUCUCUUCCUUUAGUUAUCUAAUUUUUAUGGCAAGUUUACUUUGCAUUGAUGGUUACCGAUUUCGGAUUUUAUUUUGAUUUCAACUAUAUUAUCCAAUCAUGUAUCCCUUUAUGU